GUUGAAGCCUCCCAGGUUCAGUCUUAACUCUUAGGAGACAGCAGCUAAGCUAUCUCGCUCUUCUCUGUACACUCCAUGAAGUACUAAGUAGUAACAACAACAAAAACAGAGACCUGAGAAGCCAAAGAGAGAAAGGGAGAGAGAUUUCGUGUAGCGUUGUUUUCUCUGUUUCCCAAAAAGAUUAGGCUGUUGGGUUUGUGGGUUGAGACUUGAGAGGGAGAGAGAAGCAAAGAAAAAGAUAAAGAAGAGAAAGAUUGUUUUUCCAACAUCGGAACUGCUGGUUCUCAUGAGAUAAGAUCACAUUUAAGAGGAUAUACGUUUUGUUUUGGAAAGGUCAUUUAAGAGCCUGCCAAGCUUGAUACAAAGGAGGAUUUUUUACUUAGAAAUUUUUGUAACGUCUCUGUGUGAGCGGUGCGUGGUCUGCUGCCACGACCCCCUUAUCUUCGUUUCUUGCUAAAGCAAAACGAGAGAAGCGUUCUCCCCCCUCUAUAAAGCAGGUGCAAAGCAGCUGAUUUGGGGGUAUAUCAAGAAGCAAAAGGGGUUUCUGGUUGGGUUUCUACUUAUCUCCAUUAUAUACAUAUAUAUAUAUAUAUAUCUGAAAGAGACCUCUCGAACCAGAUCUGCAGGUUGGUGAAGCAAUGCUACCUCAGAGACAAGCUGAAGAAGUCAUGGUCUCCGGCCUCAACGAGACAGAGGGUGAUGAGAGAGAGGAAGACAAGGGAGACGAGAGCCAGCUCAGCCUCAAAACCCUUCUCUGGCAUGGUGGGUCUGUUUACGAUGCCUGGUUCAGCUGUGCAUCAAACCAGGUUGCCCAGGUUCUGUUAACGUUGCCAUACUCCUUCUCUCAAUUGGGUAUGCUCUCAGGAGUCAUUUUUCAGAUCUUCUAUGGCAUUCUCGGAAGCUGGACUGCCUAUCUCAUCAGUGUUCUUUACAUUGAGUACCGCAGCAGGAAGGAGAAAGAGAACGUCAGCUUCAAGAAUCAUGUCAUUCAGUGGUUUGAAGUGCUGGAUGGUUUGUUGGGUCCCUACUGGAAAGCAAUGGGAUUGGCCUUCAACUGUACUUUCCUCCUUUUUGGAUCCGUCAUACAACUGAUUGCUUGUGCAAGCAAUAUAUACUACAUAAAUGAUCGACUGGACAAGAGGACAUGGACCUACAUCUUCGGAGCUUGCUGUGCCACAACUGUCUUCAUUCCUUCAUUCCACAACUACAGGCUUUGGUCUUUUCUUGGUCUUGGUAUGACCACUUACACUGCCUGGUAUUUGACCAUUGCAGCCCUGGUUCAAGGCCAGGUUGAAAAUGUGAAGCACACAGGCCCUACUAAGCUGGUCCUGUAUUUCACUGGGGCCACCAACAUCCUCUACACUUUCGGCGGACACGCCGUCACUGUGGAAAUCAUGCAUGCAAUGUGGAAGCCUCAAAAAUUCAAGUACAUAUACCUUGUUGCCACCCUAUAUGUAUUCACCCUAACAAUUCCAUCGGCUGUUGCGGUAUACUGGGCCUUUGGGGACCAACUCCUCGACCAUUCCAAUGCCUUUUCGCUCCUUCCCCAAACUGGAUUCCGUGAUGCUGCUGUGAUCCUAAUGCUCAUCCACCAGUUCAUUACAUUUGGAUUUGCUUGUACACCCCUGUAUUUUGUGUGGGAGAAGGUGGUGGGGGUGCAUGAUACAAAGAGCAUAUGUUUAAGGGCACUCGCUCGGCUGCCAGUGGUCAUACCGAUAUGGUUCUUGGCCAUCAUAUUUCCUUUCUUUGGGCCCAUUAAUUCAGCUGUGGGGGCUCUUUUGGUCAGCUUCACCGUCUACAUCAUCCCAGCUCUUGCCCAUAUGCUCACUUACAGAAAGGCCUCAGCCAGAAAGAAUGCAGCAGAGAAGCCCCCAUUCUUCCUCCCAAGCUGGUCAGGAAUGUAUAUGGUAAAUGCAUUUGUAGUCAUCUGGGUCUUCAUAGUUGGCUUCGGCUUUGGAGGGUGGGCUAGCAUGAACAACUUCAUCAAACAAGUCGAUACUUUUGGGCUCUUUGCCAAGUGCUACCAGUGCCAACCCUCAUCACCCCAUCGUUGAGCGUUGACCUUUUUUUCUUUUUUUUUGGUUAAAUUCUCUUUAUAAAUAUUGAAUGAUUGGUCUUGUAUGAUGGGGAUUGAUCCUUUGGUAUGAAAUCAAUAUGAGUAUUCUGUGUCUCAAAUAAAUACAGAAGCUACUGAAUAUAAUCAUUACUUGCUUCA